AUGAUAAAAGCUCUUAUUGCCUUCAAUAAGUUCAUAGAGCAACGACUUGAACCAGAUACGAGACAACGAAGUUCGCAACCGCUUACGGAAACUGAGUCAUCGCCACGAAAACGCCCGAGGGUGUCGUCACCAAUGGAAGAUGUGCCGGGAGAAAGCAAGCCGUUUGUUUUGGUUAUUCUACCUUAUGCUAUGCAUUGCAGGCUUGAUCAAAAGCUCUGUAUUGGACUUAGAGAUGGAAAAGUCAGCUCGGAAGAAGGUGACAUAGUGUCGUUGGUACUGCAAGCAUCGUUGUUUUCAUCACUCAAGCAAUUCGAUCGACCUCCAAUGGACAACGACGAGGGACUGGUGCAGCAUAUCGUAUCGUUAUAA